GUUGUAUUUGUCGUAGUGACAAAGAACGACCAGAGAGACAGAUAAGAAGGAAGGAAUAAAAAAAAAAAUAUUUUCACAAUUUGUGGAGCUGUAUCAUGACUAUUUUCAACGAAAAACACAUUUCGGUAUAGUCUUUCACGUCGCGGUCAGCUAGCAAGGACUAUCGACAAUUACUUCCGUGUUUAUGGGUGUGAAGUUGUCAAAGAAAGGUCCGUGCUUUUCUUUCGGCCUGAAAUCGGGAAUUUUGUUCAUUUUCAUCCGAUUUGAAUGUUGGUCGGCCUGUGAGAGGCUGUUAGCCGCCAUGGCUGGUGGCUGUCGGAUCCUUUAGUCUUAAUAUAAGAAUAUGAGUAUUUGCCUUUGGACCUGAAAUUGUUUUAUUUGGAGAGUCAUUCAAAGUGCUGUGAGCAACUUGUAGUUUACCGGCGUUAUCUAUGUAUACUAUUGUAUGUAGUUUAUUACCGCUAACUGCCGUGUUUUUUAUGUAUUGGCAACUUUGUAGAGGCCCAAUUAAUGAGAUAUCUGGCUCAGGCCGUUAUUUGAAUGCAUGUAGACUAACGUUAACUAGCUAGCCAAGUGAAAAAUAUAAUACUAAAGAAAAGUAACGACAGUAUAUUGCUGAAUGUGGCAGGACAACAGCUCGAAACCUGACACAGCUGACCUGUUUGAAAUUAGCUGGCUAGCUCGGGCUAGAACGAUUUUGGAAGAAGCAGAUCUCUGUCGUGGAAUUGACGAUUAAUAGUUUGACGACAGAGGACAGUCAAAGGAAAUAGAAGUGGGAGAAGUACUAGUCACUGAAGACGAAUUCCUGGAAAAUCCUAUCUUGUAUUCUUGGAUUGGAAUAUGUCGGGUCGGCCCAGAACCACCUCGUUUGCAGAGAGCUGCAAGGCUGUGCCGCAGCCCUCAGCAUUUGGCAGUAUGAAAGUCAGUCGAGACAAAGAUGGGAGCAAGGUGACCACCGUGGUGGCAACUCCAGGCCAGGGACCCGACAGGCCGCAGGAGGUCAGCUACACAGACACCAAAGUCAUCGGCAACGGCUCGUUCGGCGUGGUCUACCAGGCCAAACUGUGUGACUCCGGGGAGCUGGUGGCCAUCAAGAAGGUUCUGCAGGACAAGAGGUUCAAGAACCGGGAGCUUCAGAUCAUGAGGAAACUGGACCACUGCAACAUAGUGCGUCUGCGCUACUUCUUCUACUCCAGUGGAGAUAAGAAGGACGAGGUCUACCUAAACCUGGUUCUGGACUACGUUCCCGAGACGGUCUACAGGGUGGCCAGACACUAUAGCCGCGCCAAGCAGACCCUCCCCAUGGUCUACGUUAAGUUGUACAUGUACCAGCUCUUCCGGAGCUUGGCCUACAUCCAUUCCUUUGGGAUCUGUCAUCGGGACAUCAAGCCCCAGAACCUGCUGCUGGACCCGGAGACGGCCGUGCUCAAGCUCUGCGACUUUGGCAGUGCGAAGCAGCUGGUCCGCGGUGAGCCCAACGUGUCUUACAUCUGCUCACGGUACUACAGAGCCCCCGAGCUCAUCUUUGGGGCCACUGACUACACCUCCAGCAUAGACGUAUGGUCGGCUGGCUGCGUUCUAGCAGAACUGUUGCUAGGGCAACCCAUUUUCCCCGGUGACAGUGGGGUGGAUCAGCUGGUGGAGAUCAUCAAGGUUCUCGGCACCCCCACUCGGGAACAGAUCAGAGAGAUGAAUCCCAACUACACCGAGUUCAAGUUCCCUCAGAUCAAGGCCCAUCCAUGGACUAAGGUGAGUCAACAGCCUUGUGUGAUUGGCUCUCAGGUGUUCCGGCCGCGCACGCCGCCCGAGGCCAUCGCCCUGUGCUCGCGGCUGCUGGAGUACACGCCCACCGCACGCUUCACGCCCCUGGAGGCCUGUGCCCACUCCUUUUUUGACGAGCUCCGGGACCCCAACCUCAAGCUGCCCAAUGGGCGUGAGAAACCCCUGCUCUUCAACUUCUCCACGCAGGAAUUGUCCAGUAACCCCUCCCUAGCCUCCAUCCUAAUCCCCGCCCACGCUCGUAAUCAGCCCGGGGCCUCCACCCCUACCAAUGCCUCCGCACCCUCAGACACCAACAGCGGUGACCGUGGCCAGAUCACCAAUGCUGCCUCUGCCUCUGCUUCCAACACAUCCACCUGAGACCACCUCCACCCCUCCCGAAGUCACCCCAUAUUAACCACCGGAUCCCUCUGCCCCCUGCCCAUGCCGCAGUUCCUGGAAAACAGUGGCAUGGAUGAACGACAACCAACCGAAAAACGCAAAGCCUGGCAAAGAGACACCCAGCAAAGACGAACACACAAAGAAAACCUAAUCUGAACUUAGUGACUCCCCCGAACCACCUCCACCCCCGCCACCGUCAUUUUAUUGUUGUUUAUUUAUUUGUACAAAAAGGACAACCGUGAUGUGUCCUUAGAGCUGCUCUUCAUCUUCCUGUGAUUUGCAGAGAAGGGGACCGAGUGCGGGUGUGUUUAGUGUAGAGAUAAUGUAUAGAUUUAUAAAUAUACAAAAUAUUCUGACAUGUCUGUUUCCAUAGACAAUCUCCCUUCCUUUUCUGUCUUGCUAGCUCAAAGUCAUCACUUUUUCUCUGUAGAAGAGGCCCCUUACCUGCGUCCUGCAAUAGCCUUACGUUCAGAGGGGGGCCACGUGGCCCCUGUUGACUCCAUCUCACCCAUUAGAGCCUGAGGAGCUCGCAGACGUUGUGACUUGUGAUGUUUGACCUUUGUGUGUGUGUGUGCGUGCGUGCGUGUGCGCGUGCGUGUGCGCGUGCGCGUGUGUGUGCGUGUGCGUGUGUGUGUGCGUGCGUGUUCAGAUGCACAGUUGAUACUUUGUAGAAUGGUUGGCUUCUCUGUCUCUACCGCAUCGGAAAUCAAAGUUCUGCUAUGCAGCACCAAUAUGUGCUUCUAACGUUCAACUUGUGAGGCAACAGCUGUCAUGAACCUAACCAAGCAAACAUUGUUUUUAAUGCCCUGAAAAAGACCUGUUUUUCGCUUAAAGAUAAUUGGAUUCAUAAAUAUUGCUCCUAAAUAUUUAUCAGUGCUACCUGGCAUUUUUAUUUGGGAGCACCCUUACAAAAGAAAUCACCCAGAUAAUAAUAAUUUUAAUGACUGUAAUGAUCUUGAGGAGAUGAGCUUUAAAAGUAGCUAGGGAUUAUGUAGUGCCAGUCUAGGGUAUAACACCAUCUAUUUAUCUGGUGCCUCUUAACCCUGUAAUUGGUAAAUCUGCCAAUUCUUAUCAUUAAUACCUCAAUUUUUCAUUUUGCUUCUAAAUGUCAAUGUGAUUCUUUGUUUUUCCACUCCAGAGUACGUGCUCAUUGUAAAAAAAAAAAGAUUAUAAUAAAAAAAAGAAAAUCAGUGUAGAGCCCUGGGUAUUUUAGUACCCACAAGACUUUGCCAGUACUGACCUAAGAGCAAGAUUCUGUUGGACUUUCAUGUGACUGCAAUGAAGACCAGGAUCUCAUUUUACUUUUUUGCUGCUUGUCAUAGACAUUAUGACUAGUAAUACCAGGUUUUGUUAUGGUUCUUGUUAGGGCUGGAUGGGUUGGGAUUUCUGGACCGGGCUAUGAAGGAAUCUUGGAUUAGGGAGUAAGCUGUUGAUUGUGCUGCAUUUUAUCACCAUCUGUCUUCAUUUUCAUUCUGUCCAAAAUAACAGCCCAUUCCCUAGACUUCAGUGCACUAUCGUUUUGACCCAAGCCCCAAAUGGCUCUGAAAAAAAAAAAAAAAGAAAGAAGAAAUGUAGGGAAAAGGUGCCAUUUCAAUGCAGCCCAUUAAAAUAUGAACCACUGUUGAAGUACUCCCUUUUUCUGACCUGUCCCCGUUCCCCUGUUGCAACUGAAAGUCCUCCCACCCUUUCCCUCAGAUAUUCCAAGACCUACACAACACAUGUAUGUUGAUGCUCUUCACCAAACUGGCGUGUUUGUGUGUGUAUGGUAUGUAAAUAGGCAGAUCUGAGAACAGUUAAUGAGCAAAACCCAAGACAAAUAUUUGUUUCCCACCAUUUUGUUUUUUUUCUCCUUCCAUUUGGCCAUAUAGUUCAAUCUUGAUUGUACAGUACAUUAGGUGCCAGUCGUAUCGUUGUGAAAAUAACCAGUAAUGUACUGUGUAUUUAUAGUUUGGAGUGCCUUUGCUUCCACUCGUUCUCUCCUCUCCCCAGGUCUGCUACCUCCUUCCUCCACGGUCCUAACUGGAGGCUCCGGUGUGAAAUUGCCCUUACAAACAGAUCUGGGUUCAGCUUGGUUUCCCAAAUCGUAAUCCAUGAACAAUUAGCGAGGAAAAAUGCUAAACUGACCCAAGACCGUCAUCGAGGGCAACCUCACCUAACUCCUUCCUGGAGUGCUGUUGACUUCUAUCUAUUUCUGGUCUGCCAUGCACCACAAUGUGCGGCACCCAAGACGCAUCCCUCGGACACACCCAUCGGCGCCUAAUCACUGUUUUUGUCCGUACGAUUGGCUCUGUCUUUGAUGUUGGGAUCAACUUUGCUUGAGAUUGGUUGGGGGAGUUGACUAAUUAAUUAUCUUUUUAAAUUGUUAAGAGGAAGUGAUUGUCUUUCGAGGAAUGUUGGAUGUAUUUUUUUUAAUGUGUUUUUAUUGUUUUAUGAGAACUGCACUUUCACACCUCUACACGGUGAGGGAGAAGGUCUUGUUGUAUCCAGUAUUACUUUCUCAACUAUGGCAAUAAAGACUUGGUUUGUUCAUGCUAUUCACCAGACUUUCUCAACAGCACUCCGGGAGAGAUGUCAUGUAGCAUCCUUUCUGUUUUAGAUUUGUUUUAAAGCAUAUGUCUAUGCUUGCUUGUAAUAUUUGCAUCCCUAGAUGUGUUGCUAUCCAAUCACCUAGCCUCUAAAACAAUGUGACCACUUCUUGUGACUUAAAAGGAUAGUAUAAGAUGUAGAGAAAACAAUGUUUAAAAAAAAAAAAAUUACAAAAUAAAGGACUGAGUUACAUUCAGGAUAUGGCAUACACUUGUGAAUAGCUGUCUGAAAUUAAGAAUUUACAACUGAAAAAAUACUAUAACAUUACUACUUGAAUGCCUCUGUUUGUGACUGAAAUUUUAUUUUCCUUUUGAAUAUAAAACUUUUUUUUGUGAAGGUGUAUGCUAAAUGUCCCCUCUCCCUGUAAAUAUUUCUGUCUCUGUGUGACUUGGUUCAGAGAAAUAGUUACCUGGUACUGUAAUUUGCAUUAAAUAAACAGUAGGUUAGCCUGGAAAUGAA